UAAGCGGAAGGUAAUUCAGUCCAGCACUUCUUAUCUUAUUUUGAACAUUUGAUUAUAUUAUUUGCUGUUUUACUUGACACUGGGAACUGGCAAGGUAGACUUUCCUGACGUUUCUUGUAUACCUAGAAGAACAAAAUCAGGGCAAAAUGCUAAUACAAUGCGAAUGGUGCGUCUUAAUGUGAGCCGUGCAGGUGAAAAUCGGGGCGAAAUAUAUGAACAUUACCGAGACGUGAUUGGCACGUGACCAUGUGACGUUUCCCGCUGUGACAGCCCAACCAGGAAAUGAAAGUGAACGUCGAAAACGGAAGAUUUGGUGCUUAAUUCCAUAUUUUUCUUUUUAUUAUUUUAUGGCAGCGGGCGCCUGGCACACGCUUACGCCGUGAGAGUCGCGACGUUCCGCGGCGAGCGGCGUCAUGUUCGGACGCAGCUUCCAGGAUGAAUCGCCUGGAUAGACGCCAGUGUGACUAAAUCAAAUCACCUCCAGGCUCCCCCAGCCCCCCCCCCAUCAUCCUCGCCUGGUGGUGGUCGUCGAUGUGUUGCUUCGGCAUCCAUUGUUUGACUUUAGCGCGAUGCUAGCCACUAGAAGCGCCGAGGAUGAGUCCCCGGAGGUGGAGGAGAUGGACACCCUGGAGCCCAACUGGUGCUGGUUCUACCUGGCAGAGUGCGGGGUGUGGCACAUGUUUGAGAUCGACCCGAGCGCCGCCUGCUCCGUGACCAGCGCUCAGAUCGAGCAGUGCUACAACCGGAACCAGCGAGGCGUCAUGGAGUUCUACACGGCCAAGUACACGUACCGGCUGGACUUCUCGGUCAUGCGGCAGGUCAACCUGACGACGGGGAAGCAGCGGCCGAUCAAGCGCUCCCUCCACUCGGCGACCGGUUUCAGGUUCAUUUGCGACAACCUGGCCUUGCCUGUGCCGUGCCACUGGGAGAGGAUCAACACGGAUGAGCCCUAUCAGCUGGUCCAGCUGGGCCGAGACACCUACGAGUUUAAAGAAGUGGCCCGGCUUUAUGAAAGGACCAUGGAUCGACCCAUCAAGUCCAUCCAGAGGAUCCAGAACUUGGACUUGUGGGAGUUCUUCUGCAGGAAGAAAACCCAGCUGAGAAAGUUGAAGCGCACUCUGGACAUUGAGGAGCGGAUGCUUUUCCAUGGCACGGGACACAACAACAUCCAGGCCAUAUGCAUGUUCAACUUUGACUGGCGGCUCACGGGAAGCAACGGCGACGUCUACGGCAAAGGGAGCUACUUCGCCCGCGACGCCAAGUACUCCAGUAAGUUCUGCCACAACACGGGCAAGCACAACAGCAACCUGCAGCGGCACGGGCUGGCGCCGCCCAUCUUCGCCAGCGAGCCGUCGUACAAGAGCAUGUUCCUGGCGCGGGUGCUGGUGGGCGAGUACACGCUGGGCCACCCGCUGUACUGCCGCCCGCCAUCCAAAGACACCAGCCUCACCAACUUCUUCGACAGCUGCGUGGACGACACGGCCAACCCUAAAAUCUACGUCAUCUUCGACAGCAACCAGAUCUACCCUGAGUACCUGAUCGAGUUUUACUGAGAUUGUGCGCGCUCCCUUUCCCAGCGGUUCAAGCAAUGUCAAGGUGAUCUUUGUGCCUAAGUCGAGCAUGAAUAAUCUCAAGUGCCUUUGAAGAGGACAAUGACAACUCUGUGAGCUUUUUUCCCCCCACCGCGCGUACACAUGGGACAUUGACACGAAAUAAGUCUACAAAAGAAAAACAACAAUGACACUUGAGACUUUGUCAUAAAUCUUGGUGGCUGUUUUGUGCAUAUAUAUCGACGCAGAACAUCCUCAUGGUCUCCACAUGUGGAGCACUGUCACGAAAAGUAGACCGCAACACAGAAUGUCGCUUUGCUAUGUGUGCAUAACAAAUCUUCAGAUGUUACAUUUCUUUGUGCGUGUGUGUGUGUGUGUGUGUCCAGUGCUGGUUCUCGUGUGGUGAGGAAUAAGAAGUGACUGAAUUCGCCACAAGGUGGUGCAAUAGUACACGUAUGGUUUCAGAGAAACUUUGUCAAUUUGCGUUAAGAAGUCUGUAAUUUGCACAUCGUGUGACUAAUAAACGUCUUUUGAUAUAGAA